AUGCCUAAGCCCUGGCGCCUUGCGGCUAUCCGCGGUCUUGUUGUGCCUCAUUCCUACUACCAAGUGCACUGCAAACCUGCCUGGUUCAUGAAGCGAAGCUUCACGUCGCGCUCACCCCAGCAACUCCAUAGCCACACUUCUACGCGCUCAAAUCGAGGCGCGCUUCCUCCCACUCUCAACUUCAAUUACCACCGACGACCUUCCAACAUCGCGCCCAGCUUUUGCGAUCGCCUUGCGGCUUUCCGCUGGAAAGGAGGGCCGCUUCACAAUCCCGUCUCUACUCAGCCGCUCUCCUCCAACAACAUCGAGCUAGCAAGAGAGGAUGGCGCCAACACCAAAACCCCCGAAGCCGCUUGCGACCUAGAAGGUCCCCAACGGCACAAGGGGUCUUCUGGUGACCGAAGUAGCGUGGGAGCGCUGCGAACCAGCGAAUUCACGGAUGUUCGUAACGUCUUGACAGACUAUGAGGUAAAUCCCUCCAUGCCGCUCUCUGUCUAUGUCGUCUCGUCUCAUACUCUCCAGGGCCCGAUUCGACGAUUCUGGAAGACAAAGAACAGGCGCGUUGAUGGCGAGCUUGGUACAUUCGAGUGGAAACACGAUGGACGCCAACGGGCCAAAGCUAUCGCCCUCUACAUCCUCAUGGAGAAGAAGAAUACCUCAGACUGCCACGCAUGCGCUGGAUCAGGCAAUGGCCCUGGCGCCGAGUGCAUUGCUGGUCCUCCAGCCGAGAUCGAUGGUGCCUGUACUAACUGCUACUACUCUGGCACGGGGAAGAAGUGCUCUCUUCGUGUUGAGUAUGAGAAGAAAGCCGAACGCGAGCGGCUCAGAGCCGAGGGCAAGUUUAUUCCGAUCUCCGAGGAUUGUCUUGGCCUUAUCGAGACGGCUGAGCUUGAAACCUGGGUUGACUGGAUUGAGGAAGAGCUUGUGAAGCGUCGCGUGGCACAGAAGCCCAAAACGUAA